AUGACUAUUGGAUCGAGCAAGUUAUUUGUCGUUAUCAUUUGUUAUCUUUCAUCAUCAUCAACGAUGAGCACAGGUACAAAAAUUAUGAAAACUGGUAGUGAACCACCAACCACACUUGAACUUGAAGUUUCACAACAACUAUCUGAACUCGAAGGCAACGCUCAAUUUAAAGGUCAAUUACGUGAACUUUAUAUAACUGGUGCUAAAAAAGUUGACUUAGGUGACGGACGAUCAGCUUUGGUCAUCUAUAUUCCUGUACCAAAAGUCAAGAGUUUCCAACGAGUUCAUUCAUUACUUGUUUCUGAACUUGAAAAAAAAUUCAGCCAAACAGUCAUUCUUCUUGGACAACGUCGUAUCCUACCUAAACCAACACGAAAAUCGAAGACACAAUCGAAACAAAAACGGCCGAGAAAUCGUACAUUAACUGCUGUUCAUGAUGCUAUCUUACACGAUCUUGUUUACCCCGCUGAGAUCACCGGCAAACGUAUUCGAAUAAAAUUAGAUGGCUCACGUCUCUUCAAAGUUCAUCUCGAUAAAAACCAACAAACACUUGUCGAAACCAAAGUGCCCGCUUUUCAAUCAGUUUAUAAGAAGCUCACAGGAAAAGAUGUUCACUUUGAAUUUCCCGAAGUGCUCGUCUAA